UUGAAGAGAGAGCUUCUCGUGAAACUAGACAGUGGUGAGAUAGGCCUACAUUUAGUCCAUACAAUGUAAAACGCAUCCUCUUGUGAGCCGACAGCUGCACUUCCUGCAUCACAUAAAGCGCUUAACCGCGGGUCAAGUCUCAUCAGCGUCUGGGUUGAGCGCGCGCGUACUUCACUGUAGAGAACGUCUCUUUUAGGGCCCACUUUUUGGGGCAGUUUGGGACUACUUCUGCGGUUGUUUGAGCAAUAGCCUACUGGAUGCAAUAGAAACACACGCAGGGAGAGCUGUUUGGGACGUCCGUGAAGUUGAAAGGCACUUUGAAGGAGUGAGAGAGGCGAGGGAGAAAGAGACAACGACGGUAUUUGGGACUGUUGACCUCGUACCAAGCGCAGAGGAGCACUGCUUUACGCACACGAGGUCCCGUGUUUGAGCAGCAUGUCUGUACCCGUGGCCAAUGCGUCCAGGAGUGAGAUGGAAGGCAAAAACGCGAGCUAUCACGGCAUCAUCUCAGGUUUUAUCCAGACUCAGUGCAGCCCGAUGCCACAGCCCGCACUGGGUUUCCAGCGGAUUGUCCAUGGAAACGGCACCAGCGUGGGCACAGUGAUCUCCCUGCAGUGCCCAGACAAACACAAGUUGAUCGGGGACAGUGUCAAGUGUGUUUUUGAUGCAAACACCACUCACUGGGAGGGAGAGACCUACUGCAAGCCACUUUCCAACCCUGGGAUCAGUGGUUUCCAUUUGGCCAUACUGCUUUCAAUUGUGAGUUCUGCCGUCAUCUUCUUCAUGUCCAUGGCUUUCCUCACCUGCUGUUUGGUCGACUGCAUUGAAAAAAGGAAAAGGAAAGAGAUGGAGAGGUACCCUGAAAUGCCGCCACAAUGGGAGAGUCUAAACCAUCAACAGGAAAUGAAUAGACCACAAUACAGUAAUAAGGGCAGGAACAAUAAUAACAACAACAUAAGAGAAGAAGGACUGACUCACCGUGAUCCUGGGCAGAGGGAACACAAAAUAUGCAGGUGUCAACAGCAGUACUAUGAUCCAGUUGGCCCUUCCUGUUCAUAUAAUGAUGCUCCCAGUUUUCCUGUUCUUCCUGGAUAUGAAUAUGACCAGCCACUUUUACCACUAAACCCCAGCUGUUCAAAUAACUAUAACCAGCCUGUUUCAAGACAGAGUCUGAGUUCAGAUCUGGUCCAAGUAAAUACCUCAAGGUUUGAUCCUGUGUGUAACUAUGAAGCAAAACACCAGGGUACUUUCUCAGGAACUACCGAUCAGACAAGGAAUAAAAAGUCGACUAAAGAAUUUUCUAUACGAGUGAUAUCUGUCUGAUGUCCGAGGACUUAUUCAAAACUACUGACUUUUGUAAGACUGUAUUAACAUUGGGACCACGUGGGAAUGUACAAUAAGAAGAUUAUUAAGAUUACUACAGGUCCAUGCAAUUAUAGUACAAAUACUGUAAAUAAAGUCUUCAAAACUAUGUGCCUUGGUGAAAAGUUGAGGCAUAGCGCCCUCUGUUGGUGAAGACGUAGACUUACAUUAGGCUACGUUGUAUGUAGCCUAUAGAAACUUUGAAGGUUUGUUGAUUAAUUGUGUAUUUUUUACACGAGGCUCUAUGUAAAUUGUGCUGUCAAAAUGUAAAUAAAAUCUAUCUUAAUAAAAGGGUUCAAAAUCCAAGCCACUACAUAAAAUUAUAGUAACUGAAAAAUAAAUAAUAAAAGCUCGCUGAACCCUA